AUGAUAUAUAACCUUUACCCUUUCCAUCCAACUGACCAAUUUUCUCAGUUUCUUAAUAGUUUUGACAGCCUUCAAGAUGGAUUACUGUAUUCUUUGAUAAUUACCUUGACACGUACUAAAACAGAGAAGAGGCUAAGAAUGGACGAUGUUCGUUGUCUUUACCUGUAUGACUCAGAUAUUUGAUGUGUCUGAUCAGGUAAGUUUUAUAAAACGUCCAUUCCUUUAAGGGGAAAAACUCGAAUUUUGGAUCAGGAACACGAAUUUUAGUUUACCCACUCUCCAGCAUCCUAGAGGUGUGUAAUGUUGCCAAACGAAAGAUGAAAGCGAUCUGAAGUAUUUUAAUAGGUAAACAAUGCAAUUUUGUGCGUUUAUAUGCAGACAGCAGAAUCUAUCUGUCAUCCAUAACGUCCACUGUCCUAGUUACUUUUCAAUUAUUUGCUUUGAUAUUGAUUUUUAUUUUGUUUGUUAUGGUACGAUAUUUUUCCCUCUGGCAUCGUCGUAAUGUUGUAUCAACAACAUCAUCUCCAUCACCAUGUGGACAGUGAGUGUUUCCCGAUCAAUUCUGUUUAGGGGGCGUGUUCGCGCAUGUGCUGUUAUUCUUGAUCAGCUCUUGUCUGUUUUUAUCGGGUAUUUGCUUGUUUUUUUGGCUGAUAAUCAUGCCUAAGAAGAAGUGGUCGAACAAGCGUUUAGUGUCUGCAAAAACCAUGCAAAAAUUACACAAAAAGAUGAAAAAGGAACGUGAACAAAAAAGAAAGAAUGGAACAGGAAAUGGCAACUUGGAAACUCCGUCGAGCAUGUGUGAAAUGGAAAACAUUGGUUUUCCUACAAAUAUAUUCUACAAGACACCUACUAAUACAAUGCCGGAGGCUGUGUGUGAAAUCUCAGGUGAUUCAAAAACGCCCAGCCUCUGUCUCAGUAACUGCGGCAGGGCAGACGUGCCCUCUCAUCUGACUGAAGUGAGCCUUUGUGUCGUCCCAGGUGGUUGGAGGCCCCCUUCAUACAUCAUGACCCAGGUUCAAGCCCUAAGGAUCAAAGAUCUUUGCCUAGUCGAGUGUCACGUCUCAUUGGUCUCAAGUGCUUCCUUAACGCAAGAUAACUAUGAGUAAUUUUGGAAACCAGCAUUGACGUUAAUCUGAUUAUGGCCAGCUUUUCCCUAUUGUGAGCGAGAGGAUUGGUCCACGUGCAGACAAGUUGCCCUUACUUUAUCCCAGGCCA